AUGGCGAGGAGUUUAUCCAUAAUCUUCAUCCUGACCUUCACUCUGUCAGUCACAAAUCUCCUUCAUGAAGUAGAACCGGCAACUGCUCUCCCGCAGGCCACUGAGAAAAUCCCAAACUGGGAAUCCGGUAUUGAUGUGGACUUGGCAGUUACCGCCCAGCGGCAUCAUCUGCAGCAGCUUUUCCAUCGCUAUGGAGAAAAUAACUCUUUGUCAGUGGAAGGGUUCAGAAAGUUACUUCAGAACAUAGGCAUAGAUAAGAUUAAAAGAGUUCAUUUACACCAUGACCAUGACCAUGACCAUGACCAUGAGCAUCAGCAUCACUCCGACCAUGAGCAUCACUCCGACCAUGACCAUCAUUCUGACCAUGACCAUCACUCUGACCACGAGCAUCACUCUCACCGUAAUCAUGCUGCUUCCGGUAAAAAUAAUCGGAAAGCUCUUUGCCCAGACCAUGACUCCGAUAGUUCCAGUAAAGAUACUAGGAAUAACCAGGGGAAAGGAUCUCGCCGAUCAGAACAUGCCAACAGCAGAAGGAAUGUUGUAAUCAAGGAUGGUGUUGGUGCUAGUGAAGUGACCUCAACUGUGUAUAAUGCUGUCUCUGAAGGAACUCACUCUCUUGAGACAAUAGAAACUCCAAAACCUGGAAAGCUCCCUAAAGCUGUGAGCAGCUCCACUCCCCCCAGUAUUACAGAAAAGAGCCGGCUGAGCCGGCCCGCCAGGAGGAAAACUAAUGAGUCUGUGAGUGAGCCCAGAAAGGAGUUUAUGUAUUCCAGAAACACAAAUGCAAACACUCAGGAGUGUUUCAAUGCGUCAAAGCUGCUCACUUCACAUGGCAUGGGCACCCAGGUUCCGCUGAAUGCAACGGAGUUCAACUAUCUCUGCCCAGCCAUCAUCAAUCAAAUUGAUGCUAGAUCGUGUCUGAUUCAUACAACGAGUGAAAAGAAAGCUGAAGUCCCUCCAAAGACCUAUUCUUUACAAAUAGCCUGGGUUGGUGGCUUUAUAGCCAUUUCCAUCAUCAGUUUCCUGUCUUUGCUGGGUGUUAUCUUAGUGCCUCUCAUGAAUCGGGUGUUUUUUAAGUUUCUCCUGAGUUUCCUUGUGGCAUUGGCUGUUGGGACAUUGAGUGGUGAUGCUUUUUUACACCUUCUUCCACAUUCUCAUGCAAGUCACCACCAUAGUCACAGCCAUGAAGAAACAGCAGUGGAGAUGAAGAGAGGGCCACUGUUCAGUUAUCUGUCUUCUCAAAACAUAGAAGAAAGUACCUAUUUUGAUUCCACAUGGAAGGGUCUCACAGCUCUGGGAGGCUUGUAUCUCAUGUUUCUUGUUGAACAUGUACUCACAUUGAUCAAGCAAUUUAAAGAUAAGAAGAAAAAGAAUCAGAAAAAAACUGAAAAUGAUGAUGACGAGGAGAUUAAGAAGCGGCUGUCCAAGUAUGAAUCUCAACUUUCAACAAAUGAGGAAAAAGUAGACGCAGAUGAUCGACCUGAAAGCUAUUUACGAGCAGACACACAGGAGCCUUCCCAUUUUGACUCUCAGCAGCCAGCAAUCUUGGAAGAAGAAGAGGUCAUGAUAGCCCAUGCACAUCCACAGGAAGUCUAUAAUGAAUACGUACCCAAAGGGUGCAAGAACAAAUGCCAUUCGCAUUUCCACGAUACCCUGGGCCAGUCAGAUGACCUCAUUCACCACCAUCAUGACUACCAUCAUAUUCUUCAUCACCACCACCACCAAAACCACCACCCCCACAGCCACAGCCAGCGAUACUCUCGGGAGGAGCUGAAAGAUGCUGGCAUCGCCACACUGGCAUGGAUGGUGAUAAUGGGCGAUGGCCUGCACAAUUUCAGCGAUGGCCUAGCAAUUGGUGCUGCUUUCACUGAGGGUUUAUCUAGCGGUUUAAGUACUUCUGUCGCUGUGUUUUGUCACGAGUUGCCUCAUGAAUUAGGUGAUUUUGCUGUUUUACUAAAGGCUGGCAUGACUGUUAAGCAGGCUGUUCUUUAUAAUGCUUUGUCAGCCAUGCUGGCAUAUCUUGGAAUGGCAACAGGAAUUUUCAUUGGUCAUUAUGCUGAAAAUGUUUCUAUGUGGAUAUUUGCACUUACUGCUGGCUUAUUCAUGUAUGUUGCUCUGGUUGAUAUGGUACCUGAGAUGCUGCACAAUGAUGCUAGUGACCAUGGAUGUAGCCGCUGGGGAUAUUUCCUUUUACAGAAUGCUGGGAUGCUUUUGGGAUUUGGAAUAAUGUUGCUCAUUUCCAUAUUUGAACAUAAAAUUGUGUUUCGUAUAAAUUUCUAA